AUGGAAAAAUACAAUCUCUCAGUGGUGAAAGAAUUCAUCCUGAUGGGCAUUACAGCACGCCCGGAGCUGCAGACCCCAUUAUUUUUGAUGUUCCUCAUCAUCUACUUAAGUUCAAUGCUGGGCAACUUGGGCAUGAUCGUCCUCACCACGGUGGACUCCAGGCUGCAGACCCCAAUGUAUUUCUUUCUCAGACACCUGGCUUUCACCGAUCUUGGUUAUUCCACAGCUGUGGGACCCAAAAUGUUGGUAAACUUUGUGGUAGAACAAAACGUCAUCUCCUAUUCUCUUUGUGCUACACAACUAUCUUUCUUUCUUGUGUUUAUCAUAAGUGAACUAUUUAUUCUCUCCGCCAUGUCUUAUGACCGCUAUGUUGCCAUCUGUAAGCCAUUGCUUUAUACAGUCAUCAUGUCACAAAGGGUAUGUUGGGUUCUGGUGGCAAUCCCCUAUCUCUACUGCACGUUUGUGUCUCUUCUCGUCACCAUAAAGAUUUUCACUCUGUCCUUCUGUGGCUACAACGUCAUCAGUCAUUUCUACUGUGACAGCCUUCCAUUGUUAACGUUGAUCUGCUCUGACACUCAUGAAAUUGAAUUGAUCAUUCUAAUCUUGGCAGCUUUUAAUUUACUUUCGUCUCUUCUGGUGGUCUUGGUGUCCUAUCUGUGGAUCCUCGUAGCCAUUCUGAAGAUGAAAUCUGCAGAAGGCAGGCGCAAGGCUUUCUCCACCUGUGGGUCCCAUCUGACCGUGGUUGUAGUUUUCUAUGGGACUUUAAUAUUUAUGUAUGUGCAGCCAAAAUCCAGCCAUUCCUUUGAUACUGAUAAACUGGCUUCUGUCUUUUACACCAUGAUUAUCCCUAUGUUAAAUCCACUCAUCUACAGCUUGAGGAACAAGGAUGUAAAAUAUGCCCUCCAAAGGAUUUGGAAAAAGAUAUGCAACGUUUGUUCACUAAAGCUUGCAUGA